AUGGCAAAACCAAUCGAUGACUCCAUGCCAACGCGGAUUUCCGCUGAGUGUCCUGAUGAUAUCCGACACAUUCUUUACAAUGCAUGGGGCCAUGAUCUUGACGAAUUAAAAAAGAUUUUUAAGGCGCACCCCGAUGAUGACUAUGAGUAUGAGCGCUCUAUUGCCAAUGUCCAAGACCCUGAGACGAAAGAGACACCUCUCCAUGCUGCCGUCCGCGCCUGCGGCCCCGCUGAGAAGACCAAGGAUAGCGGCGAACAAGAGGAAGACGGCGUCGUAGAGGAGGCAAGAGAAAUUAUCCAGGAGUUAUUCGAGUCUGGUGCUAUUUGGAACACCCUUGACAACAACGAUGAGACUCCUGGCUGCGUGGCCUUGAGGCUACGUCGAGAAACUUUGUAUGAGAUGUUUGUUAUAAAAGGCGCCCAAACAGAACUGCUGCUGUCCGGCACUGCGGGUUAUGAAUUCCUGGGCUCAGAGGACGGGGAGGAGCAAGCCGCCGCUGGGGCCAAAGAUGACGGAGACGCCAUGGACGUCGAGGAUGAAGCCCCUCAGCUGGUCACCGUCAAGGCAGAUGAGACCGAGUUGGUUUCUCCAGAGGAUCACGAGAAGACGGUAACGAGCGACGAGUACCUCAAGUCUGAGCUGACCUACGACGAUGGGAAACUCGUCGACUCGGACCUCAACGGUGUGAUGAUGGCCUGGGAGACCGAUAUCAUGAAGCGUUCUGUAGCCGCUCUGCUGCCCGAUGCUCCAACCGGCAAGCGAAUCUUGAACAUUGGUUUCGGAAUGGGCAUUAUCGACGGCAUGUUCGCCGAGUUGAAGCCCUCCCGUCACCACGUCAUCGAGGCCCAUCCCGCCGUUCUAGAGCACGUUGCAAAACCGGACUCCAAGUUCGGUCCCAGCUGGGAGAAGAGCGGGCCCGAGGAGGGCGCCUACAAGAUUCAUGCAGGGAAAUGGCAGGACGUGGUGCUCAAACUCCUAGAGCAAGGAGAGGUGUACGACGCCAUCUAUUUCGACACAUUUGGGGAAGACUACUCGGAGCUACGUACGUUCUUUUCCGAAUACCUCUUAGGCCUAUUGGAUGAAGAGGGCCGGUUCAGCUUCUUCAAUGGCCUUGGCGCGGAUAGAAGGAUAUGCUAUGAUGUCUACAUCGAUGUGGUGGAAGCGCAUGGAAAUGAGGCUGGUUUCGACAUUUCAUGGCAAGAGAUUGAUGUCGAUAUGUCCACCCUCGCCGAAGCUGGAAAGGGAGAGUGGGAGGGUGUUCGUAGACGAUACUGGACACUUGACAAAUACAAGCUCCCGGUCUUCACGUUCAUGGGCUAG